GUAGCCCUCUUGAAUACUGCAACCACUGUCAAGUGAUUUGGAAAAAGAAAAAAAAAUCUUAUUAUUAGUAAGUUUUUUUAUGUGACCUCUUUAUUAAGUGUGUUGAAAGGACACACACAACACAUUGAUGUACUUGAGAGGCAGUUAAUAACGACUCUUAUUUUAAGAAUUAUUUCUUACAACUCCAUAAGCAUUAAAAACUAUUUAAUUCAUGUAAAAAAAUAACAUGAUAAAAAUGUUUUCUAAGAAAAAUAUGACUGAAAUUGUCAAAUUUAAUUAUGUUGUGAUUAUCUUUCUUUCCCUACUUUUUGUUACAAUGAAUGUUAACGCGGGGUUUAAAUGCUUGCAAAAUUCCGAUUGUCCACAAAAUUGGUGCCCGCUUCCUUUUAAGCCGAGGUGUAGUUACAGUUGGUGUAUAUGUGUUAAAAAAAAAGAAUCGGGUAAUAGAUGUUUUCAAGAUUCUGAUUGUCCACAAAAUAUGUGCUCUCCUCCUUUUAAACCGGGGUGUUUUUAUGGGUGGUGUGUACCAGAGUUAAUCUUAGAAUGAUGCCAUAGAUUCUAGAUGUUUUAUCUUCGGGCCUCCGAUGUAUCUUUUAUAUUCAAAAUAUUUCAAUUUUGCUCUUAAUAAAAACUUCGGUUCGCAGAAACCGAAGUUUUUUCUAGUUCAAAUU